AUGUUACAUAAUCCAAAUAAACUUGAUCAUGAAACUCAAAUGUCAACAUUUGAAUUAAUAAAUGGUCUUGUAUCACUUGUACAUGAUACAUCAAUGAUGCCAGAUGUUGCUCAUGCAGCAAUGGAAUCUUUAUUAGUUUUACAUGAAACACGAAAUAUUGAAUUAUGGAAUCCAGAAGCAUCAAUAAAUACAUUUUGGUCAAUAUCAAGUCAAGUACUUUUUUCUAUAUCACAAAAAUUAGUUUUACAUCAAAUCUAUGAAUAUACAUCUGUUUUACGAUGGUUAAGAGAAAUUCUUGUUUUACGUAAUGCUUUUCUUUUCCAUCAUAAAGAUAAUGCAUAUCUUAUUUAUUUAUGGUCAAUUGAUCCUGAAGCUGUUAAAAUUGCUAUGUCAUGUUUUGCUUUAUUUGCAUAUGAAGCUGAUAUUCGUUUUGGUUUUGAUGAAGCAGCUGUAUUAACAAUAUUACCUAAUUAUAAUAUUUAUAUGGAAUUAUCAACAGCAUCAACAACAUUAGUUACAACUGGAAGAAAUGCUUUACAAAAAAAAAUUCUUUCACUAUUAAGACGUAUUGAAUAUGCAACACCAGGAAAUAAACAAGCUUGGUAUGAUACUUUUGUUAGUCAACAACAUUUGGCUAAAUUUUUGGCAGUUUAUCCAAAACGAGUCGAUGAUUUGGGUAGUGGAGGAUCAACAGCUAGUUCACCAUCGGUUAAUGCAAGUGAAACAAGUGGUUUUGUUGGAAGUGGUUAUACAAAAUUUGGUAAAAGACGAACUGGAGUUCAUUCGAGUGAACAUGAUAUUGAAGAUGUUUUUCAUGAAUGGGCUAAUAUGACAGGAUUUUUAUGUGCACUUGGAAGUGUUUGGUUACCAAUUAAAAAUCGACCUGGUCAACAUGGAAUACCUGCUGAUACUCGACGAACAUCUAUGGAACCAGUUAGUUCUGAUCUUCAUUAUUGUCCAGUAACACAAUUUAUUGGUGAUUGUUUAAAAUAUUUGGUUUGUCAAAAUGAAAAAUUUGGUUUACAAAUUCAACGUCAUAUUCAAGAUUUAUUGGGUCAUGAACUUAAUCCAUUAUGUUAUCCAAUAUUAUUUGAUCAAAUUAAAAUUCAAGUUGAUAAAUUUUUUGAUGCUAAUGGUCAAGUUAUAUGUUCAGAACAAAAUACACAAUUUAUUGAUAAUGUUAUUGUUAUAAUGCGUUCUGUAUUUGAAAUGAAAGCACAACAAGCAGCUCAAAAUUCCUUAGAAGGACCAACAACAACAACAGGUUCAUCCAAUACAUUAGUUGUACCAGGUAAUAAUACAGGUUCAUCAACAUCUGUUGUUGGUGGAUCAUCAAAUGAUCCAAAUUCAAGUUCAACAGCUGGAAGUGGACGCGGUGGACCACAACAAACUAAUGAAAAUCCAUUAGCGAAUGUUAUUAUUUUAGAACAACUUGUUUUAAAUAUAGUUCGUUAUGCACGACAUUUGGAUACAAGUGUUGGUGCUGUUACAAUUCGAAUACGUGUUUGUCAACUUGUAGAAUCAAUGAUGAAAAGACGUGAUGAUUUAUCAUUUAGACAAGAAAUUAAAUUUCGAAAUAAACUUGUUGAAUAUUUAACUGAUUGGAUUAUGGGAAAUUCACAUCAAUUUAAUCAAGUUCAUGCAUUAGGUCAAUCAGCCGCUGGUGUUAGUGUUGGUAGUGGUGUUAAUGUAACAACAUCUCAAUUAGUUGUUGAUCAAUAUCAACAUUUAACACGUGAAUUAGAUCAAGCAUCAAUGGAAGCUGUUGCUUCAUUACUUCAUUCACUUCCAUUACAACCCGAAGAAAGUGAUCGAGGAGAUUUAAUGGAAGCUAAAUCACAAUUAUUUCUUAAAUAUUUUACUUUAUUUAUGAAUUUAUUAAAUGAUUGUGGUGAUGAUCUAAAUGAUGAUCAAAGUUCAUUAUCUGAUCAUCAUCAAUCUAAUAAUGAAAGAGCAACAUCAAAUAUAACAAGUCAAACACAACAACAACAACAAUCACAAUUAAUCAAUCAAUUACAACAAAAACAACAAUCAUUAAGAAAUUCAACCAUUGUUGCUAUGUCUAAUUUACUUGCAGCAAAUAUUGAAAGUGGUCUUAUGAGAACUUUGGGUUAUCAUCGUGAUCCUCAAACUCGAGCAGCUUUUAUGGAAGUUUUAACACAAAUUCUUCAACAAGGAACAGAAUUUGAUACAUUAGCUGAAACUGUUCUUGCUGAUCGAUUUGAACGACUUGUUGAACUUGUUACGAUGAUUGGAGAUAAAGGAGAAUUACCUAUUGCUAUGGCAUUAGCUAAUGUUGUUUCUCCACAAUAUAUGGAUGAAUUAGCUCGUGUAUUUGUAACAAUAUUUGAUGCGAAACAUUUACUUCAUCAAUUAUUAUUAAAUAUGUUUGCAAAAGAAGUUGAAAUGGCUGAUUGUUAUCAAACAAUAUUACGUGGAAAUGGUUUACCAACAAAAAUAAUGUCAUUUUGUUUUAAACUUUAUGGUUCACAUUAUUUAUAUAAUUUAUUUGCACCAAUAUUAGCUAAAAUGUUUAUAGCUGAUUUACGUUCAUAUGAAGUUGAUCCAUCACGUAUUGAACAACAUGAACAAUUAGAUGAAAAUAGAAAAAAUNCUAUACAAGUAACAUCAAGUGAAAAAACAAAAGUUCUUGGUCAUAGUGUUUUACUUAAUGAUGUUUAUUAUGCAUCAGAAAUUGAAGAAGUUUGUCUUGUUGAUGAUAAUCAAUUUACAUUGACAAUAGCUAAUGAAACCGGUCCAUUAUCAUUUAUUCAUAAUGAUUGUGAUAAUAUUGUUCAAGCGAUUAUUCAUAUAAGAACAAGAUGGGAACUUGCUCAACCUGAUUCAAUACAAAUUCAUAAUAAAAUUCGUCCAAAAGAUGUUCCAGGAACAUUAUUAAAUAUUGCAUUAUUAAAUUUAGGUUCACUUGAUCCAUCAUUACGUUCUGCAGCUUAUAAUCUUUUAUGUGCAUUAACACAAACAUUUGAUUUACGAAUUGAAGGUCAAUUACUUGAAUCAUCUGGCCUUUGUAUUCCAUCAAAUAAUACUAUAUUUAUCAAAACUAUAUCAGAAAAAUUAGCAUUAAAAGAAGCACAUUUAACAUUAGAAUUUUUAGAAGAAUGUGUUGAAGGUUUUAGAAAUUCAACUAUUGAAUUGAAACAUCUUUGUUUGGAAUAUAUGACAACAUGGUUACCAAAUUUAACAAGAUUUUGUAAACAAAAUGAUGAUAAUAAACGAGCAAAAGUUUCAAUGAUACUUGAUAAAUUAAUAACAUUAACUAUUGAAGAAGAUGAUAUGUAUCCAUCAAUACAAGCAAAAAUUUGGUCACAUAUUGGACAAGUUAGUGACUUAUUGGAUAUUGUUUUAGAUUGUUUUAUAAAACGGUCUGUACUUGGUGGUCUUGGAUCAUUACAAGCUGAAAUUUUAGCUGAUACAGCUGUUGCUUUAGCUAGCUCAAAUGCUUUAUUAUUUUCACGAAAAGUUAUUGGACGUCUUUGUCGUUUAAUUGAAAAAACAUGUUUAUCACCAACACCAACAUUAGAACAACAUUUAAUAUGGGAUGAUAUUGCUAUAUUACUUCGUUAUUUAUUAAUGCUUUCAUUUAAUAAUUCGCUUGAUGUUGCAUCACAUUUACCAUUUUUAUUUCAUAUUGUUACAUUACUUGUAAGUACAGGUCCAUUAACAUUACGAGCAUCNUUCUACACUGUUGACCAAAGGUAUUCCCCUCGAAUCUUAGUCCCUAUACGAGCUAAACGUCUGAAAAUUGGUCUAUAG